AUGAAAUUAUCCAAUUCACAGGAUAAAUCUUAUCAGAUUAAAAAACGUCAAUCCUUAUUUGAAACCAGUGAAUUAGGUAAAACAAUCAAUCGUAUCAAUGCAUUGCCAAUUAACAUUCAAGAUCAUGGUGAUCAUUGGAAACGAAUAACUGAUUUAGCAGAGCAAACAAAUCCAUCCAUAGCAAUGCAUCAACCAACGUUAAGACGUUCGUCAGAGACAUCUGAAACUAGUGGAAAAUACGAUUCACAAUCUCUAUCACAACAAUCUCGUAAAACUAGAACCAGUCAUUCAAGUGAAAAAACUGUGAAAGAAUUCGAAGAACUCACUGUUGAAGCAGAAGAAGAAAGUAAGAUUUUUGACAGAUAUACUGAAUUUGGUGGAAUCAAAUCUCAGGAAACAGAGAAAUUAGAGAAUGAUGAAGAUGAUAAAAAUUCAUUAUUCAAAACACAAACCCAUAAAAAACCGGAUCAAACCAAAUUGAUUUUACAUAAUAAUCAUUCAAUAAGAAAACAAUUAUCAUGUAUCAAAGAUCAUCCCAAACCUCAACCGUUUCCAGAUAGACAACUUUAUAUUUAUGUUAUAGCAGAUCCAACAGAUAUGCGGAUUGAACUCACCAAUUUAAGAAUGUAUGUUUGGCCAUAUUUACAAAGAACUUGUAAUGAACGUGGAUUUACACUUAAUAUAAUUGAUGACAGUAUGGAUACAGAUAUUGAACCACGUAAUCAGUUGAUGAUGCCAAUGAUGAAUACAACAUCAGGUGAUUCAAUAGAUGAUUAUGAAUUAAAAGAACAUUUGUCUAGAAGAAUGAAACAAAAGAAUUAUCUAAAUUGUUUGAUUCUACUAUCCAAUCGUUCAGUUGGUCCAGUUAUUCAAUUACCUCAAUAUCUUCCUAACAGCUUAAUAAAACAAAUUAAAAAUAGUGCAUUAGAAGAGAUAGAAGAUUUAAAAUCUGAAAUAACUAUGUUAUCAGAAAAAUUACCUGGAUUUGAUAGUCCACGUCUUCAACGUCGUCUUUCUAGAUAUUUAGGCUCACAAACAUCAUUAGGAUCAUUAUCUGAAGAGGUAACAAUGAAACAAUCUCAUAUGUCACCAGUAAGUGAUGCAAUACCUAACAAACGGAAUACUUCAAAAUUUUCUAAUGUUACACCGAUACAAAUGACACAAAUUGAAGAUUCAAUACGUCAGAAAAGUGAAAUUAUACGUACACUUAAUCCAGAUAUUUUAGACAAAUGGUACUGUCCAACUUCAGAUUCACAUCCGGAUAUUUCAUAUUUACAACCAGUUAGUCAAAUUCUCCCAGGGAUUACAUGUUUCGAUGAUCAGAAUAUACGUCAAGCAGAGUUAAAAUCUUGGUUAAAUGAUUCUCAUCGAAUACGAUGUUUACUUAUGCGUUUCUCUGAUCAAAGUCAAAUCACUAAUUCAUCAGCUACAUCGUAUCGUUUAUCUAAUAUGGAAAUAUCGACACCAAAUACUGAAACAAUUCAAUCGAAUACUGAUUCUAUUCCCAAUUCAAAUAGACAAACUGAUAUAACUGAUAGAUCGUCUUAUGUAAAUGAAAAGUAUAAUUUCCAGUCAGAAGUUGAAAGACAAAUAGAAAUGGUUCUACAAAAUAAUGAAUUAAAUUCCGACUGUUUUGUUCAUAUACGUUAUCAUCAAGAUAAUAAAAUUCCAUUAAAGAAAUCUAUUAAUAAUAAUAAUAAGGAUAAUUCUAUAACUAAUUGGAGAUCCCGAUCAUUAUCAUUAGCUUCAUGGUCAACAACAAGAACUAAUUUAAAUACAAUCAAUUCUGGUUCUUCUAAUUCAAUAAGAAAUGAAUUUCUUUCAAAUGCUUUUGAUGAAUCAUUAGCCAGAGCAAAGCUACUUGUGAAUUGGGCAAGAUUAAAAGUACCAGCUGAUAAUCAAUCUUAUUAUGAAUUAGAAAAAUCUCCAUUGAUUACAUUGAAUGAUCAAAUCCAUUGUUCACAAUCUUAUUUAGAUCCAAUACAUUAUCAAGAGCAUACAAUCUAUUUAAAUGAUAUGUGUCGUAAUAUACGUAAUAAAUUUAGUGAAAGUUUAAUUGAAGAAAUGAAUAGACGUUAUUCAAUGGAAAUAGAUGAUAGAAAAAUGGAUAAAUGGAAUAAUUUAUAUCAUUGGUGUUUAGAAUAUGAAAUGUCAGCUCAUUUAGAAACCAUAGAGAAAUUAUCUUCAAUGUGUAUUGCUAGAGAGGAAACCUUAAUGGAAUUAUAUGAGUUAAUUAUAAAACAUACUACAAAUUGUCAAAUGAAUAAUGAAACAGAUAAAAAUUAUUUUAGUUUUAUUCAAAUAACAGGUGAAUCGGGUAGUGGAAAAUCUGUACUAUUAGCUAGUUUAAUUAAAAUGUUAUUAACAAAAUCAAUAAAUGUGAAUAGUUCUCUUGUAAAUCCACGUGUCAUCUAUAGAAUGAUUGGAUCUUCCACAAUGUCAUUAAAUCUACUUAAUUUAUUGAGUUAUCUAUGCUUAGAACUUUCAACACGAAUGAAUCAUUCAAGUAUAUCUGAUACUUACGAUGGACUACGUACGGCUUUACAUACAGCUAUUAUUGAAGCUACGUAUGAACAAUCGUCCCAGCAACCAUUAGUAAUUAUUCUGGAUGGAAUUGAAAACUUGGAAGAAUGUAAACAACGUAAAGAGAAUUUUCCAAUAUCAUGGAUUCCAUUCCAUUGGAUAAAAUAUAAACCAACAUUAAAUUGUCCAGUAAUAUUUAUUAUAUCAAUGAUAAAUAAUCCAAUAGAAAUAUCAUAUUUUCAUAAAAUGUUUCAAAAUAAAAUUAAUCCAUUUAUUUUUGCUGAUAAAAAUCAUACUACUCAUAAUGAUUUAAGUAGUCAAAACAAUUAUCAUCAAAUUUGUUUAAAUGAAUUAGAUUUCAAUAAUAUGGAUAAAUGUAUUAAAGUAUGGUUAUCAGAAAUUGAAUUCAUGAAAUAUUAUGAACUAUUUAUAUCAAUUAUUCAAAUGACAAAUAGAUUAUAUCAACCAUUACAAUUAAAAAUAAUCAUUCAAUUAUAUAAAUAUAAAAAAGAUAAAUUAAAAACUAUAUUAAAUGAUUUAAAACAGUUUACUAAUUAUGACUUAUUCAGUAGUUUAUUAAAAUAUACAAAAGAAUUUUAUGGUAUAAAACGUGUACAAUUUAUCAUUGGUAAUAUUAUUUUAUCAAGAUGGGGUUUAACUAAUGAAGAUUUAUUAAAUUUAUAUUGGAUUAAAUUACCAUUGAAUGAUAAUUAUCAUCAUUUAAACAAACAGAAACGUUAUUCAUUACAAGAUAUGAAUUAUGAAUUAUGUAUAAAUGAUAAAAUAGAUCGAGUUUAUAUUACCUAUAAUUGGUUGCAUCGAUUUCUUCAUGAAUUUUUAUAUCCAUUAGGUAUUAUUUAUAUGACUAGAUCACCACCAUGUGGUUGUUAUGAAUUAUAUAAUAUAAAUCAACAAUUAUUUCAAUAUUGGAUAGAAUAUUAUCAUUUAGAUAAUAAAAUUCAAUUAGAAUAUCGUACACUUCAAUGGAAUAUAUUUUAUAAUCAACAAAAAUCUUCGUCGUUGUCGUCGUUGUCCUCUUCUUCGUCGUCGUCGUCGUCAUCGUCGUUGUCUUCUUCAUUAAUUCAAAGAAAUUCUAAUGAAACAUUGAAUAUGAAUUUAAAUCUACAUUGGAGAUGGUUAUAUGAAGUACCAUAUCAUUUAAGUAAAUUAAAUAAAAUACAAAAAUUAAAAAAUUUUUGUAUUUUUAAUCCAAUUUGGUUAAAUUUCAAAAUACAAUUAAAUUUAUUUACAGAUAAUCAUUCAUUAUUAAUACAAAAUUGUUUAGAUGAAUUUUUAUAUUGUUUAUCUUUUGUUGAAUAUUCAAUAGAUCCUUCCAAGAAAUUGAAUGAGACUUCUUUAACGAUGAAUGAUUCAUUUAUUCAACAAUUUUUAAAAUCUUUUCAUCAUUAUCCAGAUAUUCAUCUUUUAAUAAGUAUAUUUAUACAAUGGAAAUAUGAAUUAAAACAUAAUCCAUAUUUAUUAAAUAAUAUACUAAUUCAUCAGUUAAAAAAUUUUAAUGAGAAUGAAUAUACUACUUUAUUGAAAGAGGAUAAUGAAUUAGAUAAAAGUAGUAUCAUAGAAAAAUCGAUAAAAUUUCUUCUUGAUAAUUUAGAACAAUAUAAUAUAAAGUAUAAUAUUAAAAUACCUCAUUUAAUUAAUUUUAAUAUACCAUUAUAUUUAUGUACAAAUGAACAAAUCAUUAUACAAUUAACAUGUAAUACGACAAGUAUUACGUCAUCCUCCUCCUCAUCAUCAUCAUCAUCAUCAUCGCCGUCACCAUCGUCUUCAUCACCAGGUAUUGGAUUAACAUGUUCACGUAAAACAAUUCAAAUCAAUACAAUAGCAUAUUCGAAUACUAAACAAUAUUUAGCAUUAAUUACAUAUGAUUUAAUUGAUUCUAUAACACUAUUAGAAAUAUGGAAUAUAAAUGACAAUUAUAAAUUCAUUGAUUAUAUUAUUAAUUAUAAUACAAUACAAACAAUAAAUGAAUUAAUAUGGAUUGGUAAUAAUGAUAAUGGUAUAUUAGGUAUUGAAAUACCAAGUCAAAAAAUAUAUAUAUGGCCAUUAUAUUUAAAUGAUCUUAAUAUAAAAUCAAUAACUAAUCAUAAUUUAAAUCAAUAUUAUUAUUUAUUAAUCGAUGAAGAAUCGAAUGCAUUGGAUACAAUUAAAGAGAAUUGUACUAUACAUAUUAUUGAUAAUGAUCAAAAGAAUAUAAGUUAUAUUAUUAAAUUACAACAAGGUAUAUAUAAAUUAUCAAUAUGGUUAUGGAAGAAUCAAUCAUUGAAACAUUUAAUAGGACCAAUUAGUUUAAUGAAUCAACCACAAAGUAUAAUUCAUGAUUCAAUGGAUCAUAAUAGUAAAUUAGAACAAAAAGUAUUACGUUCAAUGAGUUUACCAAAUGCAAUUAAAUCGAAUACAGAAUUAUUAAUCACUGGUUAUUUAUUAAAUCAUAAUGAUAAUAAACAAUUACACAUUGUAUGUGGUGUUAGAGGAGAUUCACAAGCAACAUUAUUUCAACUUCAUUUAAAUGAACAUAAUAAUGAACAAUUCGAUUUGAAUCAAUCUAUUCAACAGAUCUCUUUAAAAUGUCCAAAUCACUAUGGUACACGUAUCUUAGGUAUCUGCAGUAGAUCAUCAAAACCAAUUAUUAUAGCUAAUAGAUCAUUAUCAUUAUUAUUAUCCAAUGAUCAUAUUAUUGGUUGUAUUGAUUUAUUUGAACAAGAAACAGGCAAUUGGAUUAAACGUAUUGAAUCGACAUCAUUGAAUACAUUUAUCACUAUGGAACCAUAUAUAAGACAUUUUAAUUUAUUAACAUAUACAUCAUUACCAAAAUUAUAUAUGUAUUAUGAAUUAAUCAAUGAUCAAUUGAUUACAAUGGUACAAAAUUAUUCAAAACGUCAAAACUAUCAAAAUUUUCUUCAAUCUUAUAAUACUACUAAUAAUGAUGAGAAUAUAAGUAGUAUCGAAGUAGUCAUAUGGGAUAUUAAUAAAUCUAUCACACAUAUUAUAAAUGAUAAACAAUUAUUACCAUAUUUUAUACAUAAUCAUUGUACAUUCAUUGCACCAUAUAGUAUAUCAAUAAGAAAUUCUAAUGAAAUAAGUUUAGUGAAACCAAUCAUUGAAGAAAUUGGUUAUUGUUUAUAUAAUUGUAAUCUAUUGAAUGAAUUUACAACAUUCAAUUAUAAUAAACAAUUAUCAAUGAUAACAAAGAAAAAGAAUGAUCCAUUCAAAAUGAUAAGUUCAAUUUAUAUGAUCCAAGAUCAUGAUCAUGAUUAUAUGAGUUUUUUAAGUUAUGAUUCAUUGAAAAAUGAUCUAUUUAUAGGGAUAAUGUACUUAGCAACAAAUGAUUCUAUCAAUGAUUGGUUAAUUGAAUAUUUACAUGUGAAAUCUUUCAAUAAAGAUUCAUGGAAUAAUAAAGAUCAAUAUAUAUUUAAUGGACAUAUAUUGAUUACAUUGGAAAAAUUAGAAUAUUCUGUAAUUGUUGAAGAAUGCAAGGAAGUUUAUCAAAGAAUGGGAAUCUAUGAAAUAGAAUAUCAUUCCAUGAAUAAAUUUCAUCUUAAUCAUAUAAGACAUUUAACAGAUGUUUUCAUUAUACCAAAUGAUUUAUCUGAAUAUCAAAUUAUUCAUUCAAAUGAUCCAGAUAGUACUUCAUAUUUACUUGGUUUAAAUGAAACUAGAUCACAUUUUGUUGCUUAUAGUUUAUUAAAUGGACAAGUUAUAUGGAGAUUAAAACCGGAUUUUUCAAUUUAUCCAGAAUAUAAUAAUCAUCUUAUAUUGAAUACAAAACAUGAAUCAACUAGUCUACAACUAAGUUCCAAUACUCAUUUAACUAAUCAUAAUACAAUUGAGAAAUUCUUAAUCAGUGGUAAUCAAAGUAUCAUUAUAGUUAGUUAUGGUUCUGAAUGUGUAUGUGUAUUUCUUAUGAAUAAAUUACAACAUGUUGGUUAUUUAAAUGAAAUGUAUGCUAUGAAGAAUGAUCAUCUUUCAGAAAGUAUACAACGACAACAACAACAACAACAACAACAACAAUCAAGAAGAUUAGAUGGACCAAAUCUAUCAUUAUCAACAAUAUCCUAUGAUGGUUAUUGGUUAGUUCAUUCAGAAUAUAGUUAUGAAGAACAAUGUACAUGUUUAACUGUAUGGUCAUUAAUACAUUUUCAUGAAUCUAAAUCAAUUCCUUAUGAAUAUACCAUACCAUGGAAUCGUAAACGUUUAAUAAAUCAAUCUGAUUUAAUACAAUUAAAUAUAAGUGGUUAUAAUUGUAUUAUUGUUGGUGCAAGACUUCAUUAUGGUAUUCUAUGCUGGUGUCCAUGUAAACAAAUUGAUCCAAUUUAUUUACAAGGUAGUAAACAAUUAAAUUAUUCAUUAGAUAAUCCACCUAUAUUAUAUAUAUCAAUGAAUGGGAAUAAAAUUAUAUCAGCUAGUGGUUAUAUAAAACAUACACAAAUAACAAUAUGGCAAAUGGAUUUAAAUCAUUUAACUGUAUGCCUUAUUGGUCAUAUAUGUUGCUUAGACAAUAUAUUAGAAUUACAAUUAACUAGACAACAACAUUUACUAUGUAUAUCAGUAAUGAAUUCAAAUAAACCAUUAUUAAUUGAUCCAUAUUGGAAUCAGGAGACUUAAUAUUAUCAGAAUGGGUACAAUAUUAUGAAUAUGAUAUAUAAAGUUAAUCAAUAAUUCGAGGAACCUCCUUUGUUUGAAAUGGAACUAUUUUUUUUUGGUUUUACUCUUAAUAUUUUGUUUUAUUCCAUAAAAAUAUUGACAUGAUCAUUUAAUUUUCAAUGAUUGUUUAUCCUUUUUUGUUUAACAUGGAUUAUCACAUUUCAAGUUCUGUUGAAUAAUAGAGAGGAGAAAAAAAA